AUGCGAGACUCACGUGAAUUGGCAUCCGACGUGUCUUUUGUUUUCUGCUCCUUUGCCUGUCUUGUGCUACAGACUCAGUAUAGCCGGUUUCCGUCGCACGUGCGCUGGAAAAAGGCAACAACAGCGUGGCACAUUGCGGUUUCUGUGGCUCCUUGCAUCACGUUCUGCACAGUUCGAAGGCCAUCAUCUUUUAUACAAAGUAAGAUGCAUCGGUUCAAAGUCUGUGCUAGACUUCACAUAAGUGCCCCACUGAAUUGUUCUUCGUUGUGCUGA